AUUUAAAGGAAAUAGCGGUGCGUGACCGUGAAUGUAGAAAAAGACCCUUUUCCCUCUUGUUGUUCUUCUUCUUCUCCCUACACUCUGAUUUCCUGCCUCCGAAUCCACAACCCUAAUCCUCUUUAAACAACAACACACUCGAGCAACCACCAUGUCUGUAAUUUCCAGAGCAGCUUCAUCAUCACAGUUUAUGCGCCACGACAUAACUCGACAUAAGUUCGAUGGGUCCAAUGUUAGUAAAACCUCUGUUAGCAACACUUUCUCUUCCUCUUCAUGGGAUUCUGUCAGGAACACUCAUGUUUCGCACAAGAGGAUUAUUGCUGCUGAUGUUGGGUGUAAACGGGGCCGUAGGGUUAUUGUUGCUGCUAGCCCUCCCACUGAAGAUGCUGUAGUUGUUACUGAACCACUUACGAAGAAGGAUCUUGUGGAUUAUCUUGCCUCUGGUUGUAAAACCAAGGAUAAAUGGAGAAUAGGUACUGAACAUGAGAAGUUUGGUUUUGAGUUUGGAACCUUGCGUCCUAUGAAGUAUGAGCAAAUAGCAGAGUUGCUGAAUGGCAUUGCUGAGAGAUUCGACUGGGAUAAAAUAAUGGAAGGUGAUAAAAUUAUUGGACUCAAACAGGGAAAGCAGAGCAUAUCGUUGGAGCCAGGGGGUCAGUUUGAACUUAGUGGAGCUCCUCUUGAAACCUUGCAUCAGACUUGUGCUGAAGUUAAUUCACACCUCUAUCAGGUUAAAGCUGUUGCUGAGGAAAUGGGAAUUGGAUUUUUGGGUAUUGGUUUCCAGCCAAAGUGGGGACUCAAAGACAUACCUAUGAUGCCAAAGGGAAGAUAUGAGAUUAUGAAGAAUUACAUGCCCAAAGUUGGUUCUCUUGGGCUUGACAUGAUGUUCAGGACAUGCACUGUACAGGUCAAUCUGGACUUUAGCUCUGAAGCUGACAUGAUCAGGAAAUUUCGCGCUGGCCUAGCUUUGCAGCCUAUAGCAACAGCACUUUUUGCAAAUUCGCCCUUCACAGAGGGAAAGCCAAAUGGUUUUGUUAGUAUGAGAAGCCAUAUUUGGACUGAUACUGAUAAGGACCGCACAGGCAUGCUGCCCUUUGUUUUUGAUGACUCCUUUGGGUUUGAGCAGUACGUUGAUUAUGCUCUUGAUGUCCCAAUGUAUUUUGUCUAUCGGAAGCAGAAAUAUAUCGAUUGUACUGGAAUGACCUUCAGGGACUUCUUGGCUGGAAGGCUUCCUUGUAUUCCUGGUGAAUUACCAACUCUCAAUGAUUGGGAGAAUCACUUGACAACUAUAUUUCCUGAGGUCAGGCUGAAGAGGUACUUGGAGAUGAGAGGUGCUGAUGGAGGACCUUGGAGAAGGUUGUGUGCUUUACCAGCAUUUUGGGUAGGGUUAUUGUACGAUGAGGAUUCUUUACAAAGUGUUUUGGAUUUGACAGCAGAUUGGACUCCAGAAGAAAGACAAAUGCUAAGGAAUAAGGUUACUAUAACUGGUCUAAGGACACCAUUCCGAGACGGUUUGCUGAAGCAUGUUGCUGAAGAUGUUCUAAAGUUGGCAAAGGUUGGCUUGGAAAGAAGAGGCUUUAAGGAAUCAGGAUUUUUAAAUGAGGUAGCCGAGGUGGUUAGAACAGGUGUCACCCCAGCUGAGAGGCUUUUGGAAUUGUAUCACGGAAAGUGGGAGCAAUCUGUGGAUAAUGUAUUUGAGGAAUUGCUUUAUUGAGGUGUAAUCAAAUACUCGCUUCUUUUUCACAUUUCAGUGGGAGGUUAACUGUGUAAACCUCCUCUUUUGGGUAGAAUUGUGUUUAAACCUUUUUUUAUAAUCCUGGUCAUCUCUCUCGAGUCAUGAGAUGCUUUUAGAUAUAGGAAAUAAUUGAUUAUGUAAUUUUUGCUUUGAGGCUUCUCAUGUACUUUUCAUUGGAAACAUGAUCUGAUAAAGCUGGUAUGUAAUUCAUGUCAUGAGUUUGGAAAUCACAUCAGCAUCAUCAAUAGAUUAAUGGCUUGUU